GCUUUGAGGGGUGCACGUGACACCCAUUACUCAUUUUGUUGUUGCUAUUCGCUAUGCCUUCUCUUCUACACAAAGCCAUGGGAUGAGGCUGCUAUCCAAUGAAAAAAAAAAUGAGUGACCCAGAUAAAAAUAAAAGUUUCCUUCUUUUGGUGGAUGCUCUCUUUAUUACCAUAAAGGUUUUCUUGUUCCUAUUUGUUUAUUGUUAUCAAUCGUGAAUCUUUUUCAACCAUUAGAAAGAGUAUUAUUUUUAUAUUUUCCAUAUUAAAUCCAAACACCCCACAUCAUAUUUGGUGUUAGUGUGCUAAUACAACUUAAUUAGAAAAUUGGACAAUACCGUUCGGGUAUUUUCUUCUUUUAAAUUUGUUCCCAACAAUCAAUCCAAAAAGGAAAGUCAGAGUUGAAGGUGAUGAUGCAGAGAGGGAUCAGAGUAGUAAUGUUAAUAAAAAAGCCGCAGGUUGCUAUUUAUGGAUACAAUCAUCAUCACCUGUCCCUCUUCUGUAUGUUUUCUAUAAAAGGAGUAAUGAUAUAAUAUAAUAUAAUUAUAAUUUAAUGAUUGAAGAAUAGUAUAUAACUAUAAAGUAAAAGAGCGAGAGAGAGAGAGAGAGAGAGAGAGAGAGAGAGAGAGUAGUAUUAAUAAUAUUAUUGUGGCAUGGCAGUGUCUUAGUUGUAAGUUCUAACUGCUGAGUUAUGUCUGAGUCUUGAGCUUGGAGGGGUUCCCACUUUCCACUUAGCUGUGUCUUCACUCUUCAAUUCAAAGGUCGGUGAUUAAGAUUUUCUGCUUCAUCACAACCUGAUAUAUAUAUAUAUAUAUAUAGAUGCUGCUGUAACAGUAAGUAGCUAGUUGGGAUUAUUAUUCCCUAGCUGCUUCUGCUUCUGCUUCUACUCAAACCUUUUCUCUACUCAUUGGUUGGAAUCGGAAUUUUUCUUGCAAGUGAGUAAGGAUGAUGUCAUUUGACUAAAAGUCUAUAGUAGAUUUGCACCAGUGGUAGAAUAGAUUCCGUUCUUCCUUGAAAGAGAUUAACUUAGUAAUCUUAUUCUUAAGAUUCCAAGUGCAGUUGAAGUGACAAUGUCCUCCUCAAGGCGUAGCCAAUCAUCCAGCAACAAUUCAGGCAGAUCAUCAAGACACAAUGCUAGGAUAAUUGCUCAAACCACUGUAGAUGCAAAACUCCAUGCAACUUUUGAGGAGUCUGGUAGUUCUUUUGACUACUCCAACUCAGUGAGGUUUUCUCCUGGCUCAGGCACAGCUAGUGGAGAACAUCAAUCAAUGUCUGAUAGAGUAACAACUGCAUAUCUCCAUCAGUUUCAGAAAAGCAAGCUUAUUCAACCUUUUGGGUGCUUGCUAGCUUUAGAUGAGAAAACAUGCAAAGUCAUUGCAUACAGUGAGAAUGCACCUGAAAUGCUGACUAUGGUUAGUCAUGCUGUUCCCAGUGUUGGUGAUCACCCUGCUCUUGGCAUUGGUACUGACGUAAGAACAAUUUUCACUGCCCCAAGUGCUUCUGCAUUUCAGAAGGCACUAGGAUUUGGAGAGGUUUCACUUCUUAACCCAAUUCUAGUUCAUUGCAAAACCUCCGGGAAGCCCUUUUAUGCAAUUAUCCAUCGUGUUACCGGUGGCUUGAUCAUUGAUUUUGAGCCAGUCAAGCCUCAUGAAGUUCCCAUGACUGCAGCAGGUGCCUUGCAGUCCUACAAGCUUGCAGCAAAAGCAAUAACCAGGUUGCAAUCUUUGCCUAGUGGGAGCAUGGAAACACUAUGUGACACAACGGUUCAAGAAGUGUUUGAACUCACAGGUUAUGACAGGGUGAUGGCUUAUAAGUUUCAUGAGGAUGAUCAUGGAGAAGUGAUUGCAGAGGUAAAAAAGCCAGGCCUAGAGCCGUAUCUGGGUUUGCACUAUCCAGCCACUGAUAUUCCUCAGGCUACACGCUUUUUGUUUAUGAAGAACAAGGUUCGUAUGAUAGUUGAUUGUCGUGCAAAGCAUGUGAAAGUCCUUCAAGACAAAAACAUUCCAUUUGAUUUAACUUUGUGUGGAUCCACCUUAAGGGCUCCUCAUAGUUGCCAUUUGCAAUACAUGGAGAACAUGAAUUCUAGUGCUUCCUUGGUUAUGGCAGUUGUAGUCAAUGACAAUGAUGAAGAUGGAGAUAGCUCUGAUGCUGUUCAGCCACAAAAGAGAAAGAGGCUUUGGGGUCUAGUAGUUUGCCAUCACACUACUCCCAGGUUUGUUCCUUUUCCUCUUAGGUAUGCUUGUGAAUUCUUGGCUCAAGUAUUUGCCAUCCAUGUGAACAAAGAACUAGAAAUAGAGUAUCAGAUUGUUGAGAAGAAUAUCCUGCGCACUCAAACACUCUUGUGUGAUAUGUUGAUGCGAGAUGCACCCCUUGGCAUUGUAUCACAAAGGCCUAAUAUAAUGGAUCUUGUGAAAUGUGAUGGAGCAGCCCUGUUGUAUAAGAACAAGGUAUGGAAAUUAGGGGUAACGCCAAGCGAAUCACAGAUUCGAGAGAUAGCUUUAUGGCUCUCUGAGUGCCAUAGGGAUUCCACAGGUUUGAGUACAGAUAGCUUGUCAGAUGCAGGGUUCCCAGGGGCUGCUGCUCUUGGUGAUAUUGUAUGUGGAAUGGCAGCUGUGAGAAUUGCAACCAAAGACAUGGUUUUCUGGUUUCGGUCUCACACUGCUGCUGAAAUCAGAUGGGGUGGUGCAAAGCAUGAACCUGGUGAUAGGGAUGAUGGUAGGAGGAUGCACCCAAGAUCAUCCUUCAAGGCUUUCCUUGAAGUUGUUAAGACAAGGAGCUUACCGUGGAAGGACUAUGAAAUGGAUGCUAUCCACUCAUUGCAGCUAAUACUGAGAAAUGCAUUCAAAGAUACCGAGAGUAUGGAUAUAAGCACGUAUGCUAUCAAUACAAGACUAAACGAUUUGAAGAUUGAAGGGAUGCAAGAACUGGAAGCAGUGACAAGUGAGAUGGUAAGGUUGAUUGAAACAGCAACGGUGCCAAUUUUGGCUGUUGAUGUUCAUGGUAUGGUCAAUGGAUGGAAUACAAAAAUUGCUGAGUUGACAGGUCUUCCAGUUGAAGAAGCUAUUGGGAAGCAUUUACUCACACUUGUUGAAGAUUUUUCAGUAGAUAGAGUCAAGAAGAUGUUGGACAUGGCACUGCAAGGUGAAGAAGAGAAGAAUGUUCAAUUUGAGAUCAGAACACAUGAUUUGAAGAUUGAUUCUGGUCCUAUCAGCUUGGUAGUUAAUGCUUGUGCAAGCAGGGAUCUUCAAGAUAAUGUUGUGGGGGUUUGUUUUGUAGCCCAAGAUAUAACUGCUCAGAAGACAGUGAUGGAUAAAUUCACCCGAAUUGAAGGCGACUACAAGGCGAUUGUACAGAACCGAAACCCAUUGAUCCCGCCAAUAUUUGGCACAGAUGAAUUUGGCUGGUGCUGUGAAUGGAAUUCUGCUAUGACAAAGUUAACUGGAUGGAAGAGAGAGGAGGUGAUGGAUAAAAUGCUCUUAGGAGAGGUUUUUGGGACUCAGAUAGCAUGUUGUCGUCUAAGGAAUCAAGAAGCUGUUGUUAAUUUUAGCAUUGUACUUAAUAAAGCCAUGACUGGUUUGGAAACUGAGAAGGUUCCUUUUGGUUUCUUUACUCGUAAGGGGAAGUAUGUAGAAUGCUUGCUAUCUGUGAGUAAGAAAUUGGAUGGAGAAGGUGUAGUUACUGGGGUCUUUUGCUUCUUGCAACUAGCUAGUCCUGAGCUGCAACAAGCAUUGCAUAUUCAGCACUUAUCUGAACAAACUGCCUUGAAGAGACUGAAAGCUUUGACUUACCUGAAAAGGCAAAUCCGGAAUCCUUUAUGUGGGAUUGUGUUCUCCAGGAAAUUGUUAGAGGGUACUGAGUUGGGAACUGAACAAAAACAACUUCUGCAAACUGGCACUCGGUGCCAACGCCAACUUAGCAAAAUUCUGGAUGACUCUGAUCUUGACAGCAUUAUUGAUGGAUACUUGGAUUUGGAGAUGGUAGAAUUUACUCUGCAUGAAGUUUUGGUUGCCUCCCUAAGUCAAGUCAUGACAAAGAGUAAUGCAAAGGGUAUCAGAGUAGUCAAUGAUGUUGAAGAACAGAUCACAACAGAAACCUUACAUGGUGAUAGUCUUCGGCUUCAGCAGAUCCUAGCCGACUUUUUAUCGAUUUCCAUCAAUUUCACCCCAACUGGAGGUCAAGUUGUUGUAGCAGCCUCAUUAACCAAAGAUCAGUUAGGGAAACUAGUCCAUCUUGCUAAUUUGGAGCUAAGCAUAACACAUUAUGGUAUCGGAGUUCCAGAAGCAUUGCUGAACCAAAUGUUUGGACGUGAUGGACAUGAAUCUGAAGAGGGUAUUAGCCUUCUGAUCAGCAGAAAGCUGCUAAAGCUAAUGAAUGGAGAUGUACGUUAUAUAAGGGAAGCAGGCAAAUCAUCUUUCAUCUUAUCUGUUGAACUUGCUGCAGCCCAUAAAUUGAGGGCUUAAAAUUUUGGAAAAUAAAAUGAAACCAUCUAUUUUGUACAUCAGAAAUUGAAGGGAGCAAGAAAUUUGCAUUCCUUCUCAAUAUUUAACUCUUUUUGUUUUCAUGGGAACAUUUGUGUAACUUGUAAGGUGGUGUAGAUAUGUAUUAUUAUUCACUAUGUCUUCACUUGUUCCCAUUUAC